GUGAAGCGGGGCGAAUUGUGGGUCGCGGCGGGCGGCGGCGACUAUACCGGGCAAGCCCCGGCCUGUCGUCAUCGUGCAGGACGACCGUUUCGAGGCCACAGGUUCCGUGACCGUCUGCGCCCUGACCAGCGAUCCGACCGAUGCCCCGCUGUUUCGCAUCCUGCUUUCGCCGAUCGAGAGGAGAGAACGGCCUGCACGAUGGACUCCGCAUCUCAUAGGUUCGAUCGACAAGAUCACCACUGUCCGCCGGGAGCGCCUGGUCCGGCGGAUCGGCUCCCUCUCCGUCACCGACAUGCGACGGAUCGACCGGGCGAUGCUUGUAUUCUUGGGUAUCGCCCGAUAAUGCGCGUCCGCUUGCCGAGAGGAGUCGCAGGCCGUGACCGUGCCGAGAAGUCUGCGCUAACAGCGCGCCAUCCCGGAGCAGGCCAAGGGCUUUGUCUCCUUCAAUCGUCGAGAAGAUUCACGGUCCGCAGCCCCGGAUAG